AUGAAUAAGGCGUCAUUCCCGGGACGGUUGACCGGCGUCAUCGGAUGCCCUCUUAUCAGUGCUCGAUCGAAACCGUCGAUAAUGGCCGCAAAUAUAUGCCGAUCGCUCAAAUUCUCACCGGAGGGCAACCGUCAAGACAACGUGCUUCCCCGGGACCCGGCGAACGAUGCUAACUCUAGUGCUAAUUGUUUCUUCGUUGGAGGUUGUGCCGGUUUCGGUGUCACAGGCGGCGUUCAUCGGUUGUGGUGCCACCGGUCGUACAAGGCGAAACUGCCCCUCCGGAUUAUCCUGGCCAUCUGCUACUCGAUCGCCGGUCAGAACACGAUCUACGAUUGGGUUCGGGAUCAUCGCAUCCAUCACAAGUACUCGGAAACGGACGGCGAUCCACACAACUCGAACCGUGGCUUCCUGUACGCCCACGUCGGUUGGCUGAUGCUACGCAAACAUCCCGAAUGUAUCAAAAAAGGUCGCCUGAUCGAUAUGAGUGACAUCACCAGCGAUCCGGUGGUGCGGUUCCAUCACAAUAACUUCAUGUUGAUGAAGCUUCUGUUCUGCUUCUUCCUGCCGACCUUCAUCCCGUGGUACUUCUUCGGUGAAAACUUCCGUCUAGCCUUCUUCAGCCAGUGCUUCGUGCGGUUCGUGCUGAGUCUAAACUUCACCUGGUCUGUCAACAGUGCUGCUCACAUCUACGGUCAUCGACCCUAUGACAAGCGCAUUCGGCCAGUGGAAAACAAAACCGUUGCGGUGGUGGCCAUGGGCGAAGGCUGGCACAACUACCAUCACGUGUUCCCGUGGGACUACAAGGCGGCCGAACUGGGCAACUAUCGGUUUAAUGUGACCACAUUUUGGCUAGACGCCUUCGCCAAGAUCGGUUGGGCUUACGACCUGAAGGAACCAUCGAAGGAGCUGGUCAGGAGAACGAUUGAGAAAUACGGAGAUGGAACCCAUUUGACCGUUUCGUUCAAGGAUCACGUCGAGGUGCCGGAUCCGACGGAAAACACCUAACGCGUCAGCGGGUGUGUAAUCGAGUUUUAGAUUGUGAUCAACCAAAUCUUCUGGUUAAUGUACAGUUUAAGGGGUAGUCUAAGUGCAGCCAGAUGAUAUAAUAAUACUAAGUAUGCAUUAUGUAAUCAACAUCAGCUCAUUAUUACCGGGUCUCAUAAGAUGGGAACGAACUUAAAACUAAUACACAUUUUUUUUUACAUUUGAACA